UUACUUCCGUGUCAUAGGUUUAUGCAAACAGCUUUCCUCUCUGAUCUCCGGUCAGCGUCAACAAGGUAUAUAAUAUUGAAACAUGCGAUUUGUGUGACAAACACGUUCCCUAAUACAGAAGAUAUUUACCCAAAAUGCCCUUAAUUGUAUUAUGUGGGUAUCCUUGUAGCGGCAAAAGCCGACGAGCGCAUGAAUUAAAAGAUUUCUUCACAAAAUAUAAAGCCAGGAACGUUCACAUUAUUGGAGAUGAAAUCGUGGGAACUGACAAAACCACUGUCUAUGCAGACUCACAGAGUGAAAAGAAUCUAAGAGGUGCUUUACGAUCUGAAGUAGAGAGGAAACUCAACAAAGAUGACAUUGUAAUUCUGGAUUCCUUGAAUUAUAUUAAAGGUUACAGAUAUGAACUGUUUUGUCUCAUUAAACAUGUACAAACUCCACAUUGUUUGGUCUACUGUUUGACAUCAGCUGAGCUGAGCUCAGAGUGGAAUAAAGAAAGAGAAGAUUGUCAGUAUUCCCAGGAAAUACUGGAUGCCCUUAUUUUGAGAUUUGAAGCACCUGAUUCAAGAAAUAGGUGGGACAGUCCACUUUUUACUAUUCAGAAAGAGGACACACUUCCAUUUGAAGCAAUCUCUGAUGCUCUUUUCAGACGAAAAGCACCACCACCUAACCAGUCCACACAAAGUCAACCACUGUCAUCCACCAACUUUUUAUAUGAGUUGGACAAAGUUACCCAAGAUGUCUUAAUGGCUGUUCUUGACUCACAGAAGACCAGUGUCCCGGGAGAUAUCAUCAUGGUCCCAGGAGCUACAGAAAAGAUAGAACUCACAAGAAGUCUUAACAUGGCUGAACUGAGGAAGCUUCGAAGGCAGUUCAUCAGUUAUACCAAGAUGCAUCCUACAGAGAAUAUUGGACAAAUAGCAAACAUGUUUAUACAGUACCUCAACAAGAGUAUGCACUGAUAAGUGCCAUUAAUAGGAGCCCGUGUGGGUGUAAAAUAUUUGAUUUGGUAAUCUAAGAUGAACAUAAGGUGAAGUCUUGGGGAGCUAAAGCGUGGGACUUGAAGCACUAUACUAAAGAGAUGGACCACUCCUUUAAUUGUAACUUUCUGGAGUGGCCCAACACUAGGGUUUUAUUUUAUAUUUUUGUUUGUUUUGCUAAAAGAGGUUCUGGUACCAUUUCUUCCCAAAUUGUACAUUUUUGGUGGGUCUUCACUGUUUCUGUGUGUCUGAAGUCAUGAUCAUGCUGAAAGAAAAAUGAGUGGAUAGCCAAAUGUGUCCAAGAUAUCAAAACUUUAAAAAACAAACAACAAAAUGGUUUCUUCCUUUUAACUGUGUUAGUUUGGGCAUGGAUAUAUUAUUGAAUUAAUUGUUAUAAAGUGUUUUCUAUGAAAAUAAAGUAAAUACUGACUGCCUAGA